AAGAGAAGAGAAGGAGGGAAAUGAGAUUUAGAUUUUGCCCUAAUCUGAAUUGGAACAAUCUCUUAAACAAAGCGCGCGACUUGGUCUGUGUUGGACUCGCUUCCGCCACUUCCACCGCCACUUUCGCCACCUCCACCGCCCCUUUCACCACCAUGAGUGACAUUCAGAUCCAAAAAACGAAACUCUGCAUCAUCGGUAGUGGUCCCGCAGCUCAUACCGCCGCCACCUACGCCGCUCGCGCCGAGCUGAAACCCAUUCUCUUCGAGGGUUGGAUGGCCAAUGACAUUGCUCCCGGCGGCCAACUCACCACAACCACCGACGUCGAGAACUUCCCCGGAUUCCCUGACGGGAUCAUGGGCGGCGAGCUCAUGGAACGUUGCCGCAAGCAGUCGCAGCGCUUCGGCACCGAGAUCUUCACCGAGACAGUGUCCAAGGUCGAUUUCUCCAAACGACCUUUUAGGGUUUUCACCGAUUCCAGAACCGUCGAGGCCGAGUCCGUCAUCGUUGCCACCGGAGCCGUCGCCAAGCGGUUGCCGUUCACCGGCUCCGGCGACGGUCCCGACGGGUAUUGGAACAGGGGGAUCUCGGCUUGCGCGGUGUGCGACGGUGCGGCUCCUAUUUUCAGGAACAAGCCGCUGGCGGUGAUCGGCGGUGGGGAUUCGGCCAUGGAGGAAGCCACGUUCCUCACCAAGUACGGUUCCGAAGUGUACAUUAUUCACCGGAGGGACAAGUUUAGGGCUUCGAAGAUUAUGCAGAACAAGGCGUUGAGCAAUCCGAAGAUCAAAGUUAUAUGGAAUUCGGCGGUGGUUGAGGCUUAUGGGGACGGAGAUAAAAAGAGAGUUCUAGGGGGGCUGAAAGUGAAGAAUUUGGUGACGGAAGAGGUGUCUGAUUUGAAGGUGUCUGGGUUGUUCUUUGCAAUUGGGCACGAGCCUGCCACGAAGUUCUUGGAGGGUCAGCUUGAACUGGAUUCUGAUGGGUACGUUGUGACAAAGCCAGGGACCACAAAGACCAGUAUUGAGGGAGUGUUUGCUGCUGGGGAUGUUCAGGACAAGAAGUAUAGGCAAGCUAUUACCGCUGCUGGCACUGGGUGCAUGGCAGCUUUGGAUGCAGAACAUUACCUGCAAGGGAUUGGUUUGCAACAGGAUAAGACUGAUUGACUAGCCAGGGGGUAUCCGGUGUUCAGAAGAUGCUUAAUUAGAAGCAACGUUUAAUUUUCAUAUAAGAAUGGAAAAAGCUUUUUCUGUACCUGCUAUAAUCUUUAUUUGUGCGUUGUGGUCAUAAUUUGAUUGCUGAGAUAGACUUGCAUUAUUUUAGAAGCAACGAAG